UUGCCAUCUACGAAGCCGACUUCAUCGAUCGGUGGAGCAGUAGGCAAUCAUCCUUACAAGAGUCACCGUCAACGCACACUUCAUGUAAAAUACAACCAUGAUGAGGACUUGCAUGUACCUUCUCUGCCUCUUGUGCUGUCUCUCCACUACCCACGGCCUUGGUGGAGAGAAAGCUGCUUAUCAAAUAACACCCCUAUCGUCAAGCCAGAUCAGUCAUAGGCAGCAUGUGUGUGACAGAUACGACAGGUAUCGUGCAGGAGAGAUUGAGCUCAAGGAUGCUCUUUCUGGUCUUUCCUUGAAGCCAAUGUUGACAAUUGAAGAGAGUCGCUCUUCCAACUUCAAGUACAGUCAUGAAGAAGGAAUUGACAAGGACAACCCCGGUAUUAUCGUGGAGUUAUUUGAUGCCAUUGCAGAAAGAGCCAAUUUUACUUGGCGAGCCUCUUUUGGGGUCACUGAAGUUGCCGGAACAUACAACCUCACAUGGACUGAGCUUCUGCACUGGAGUAUUGAAAACUAUGACAUCUCCAUCAAUGAUUGGGAUCAUUCUGCCGAAAGGAUGGCUAUGGGUGUCACCUACACAGUGCCAUGGUAUGAUGGGAGCCUGAUUCUGAUUGACAGAAGGAAAUCCAAUAAUGAUGGAACCAACACAAUCAAUCCACUCAACUGGACCAAGCCCUUUGAACCUGCAGUUUGGGGGAUGAUCAUUCUGACUGUUAUCAUUUCCGCCAUGGUCUACCAAUUGAUCGAAUACCUGAAUGGAGAACAAGAAGAGCGAUCCCUCUACCAAUGGUUCUCUGACAACCUCUAUCUCAGUGCCAUCAAUUUCUCCCAGAACUUUGAGUAUGCCCCCAAUAGCUUUGCAGGAAGAAUAUUUGGAGUCAGCAUGACACUUUGGGCCCUUGUCAUUACAGCCACAUACACAGCGAAUCUUGCCUCACUCUUUGUGGAGGCCAGAGUCGAUCCCGGCCUGGUGGAAUCAAUGGAGGAAGCUGUGGUUUUUGGCUACCCUGUCUGCACUUAUGAGAAUACAAAUUCAGACUUCUACAUCCGAGAGACUUUCCCAAAAGCGAACCGGAAGCCUAGGGAAGAUGAUAUGGUGUCGUUGGAGUCACUCAGAAAUGGUGAAUGUGCCUUGGCUGUGAUAGGCAAAGACACUUGGCUGACAAAGCAGUUGGAUGAAGACUACAAUCCAAACUGUGACUUAGAGUGGAUUGGUGAUACAGUGAAGGUUGUAGACGCCGGAUUUGCAGUUGUAGCUGAUGUGGGUUUCAAGUGCAGCAGUUUGGUCCGUCACGUUGUCAAUCUACAUCUUACAUCGCUAAUUGAGGAAGGAGUGAUGGCAGCAAUCUGGAACAAGUACAGAGAAUUGGAAGACGAUGGUCACUGUCAGUAUGAGGAUGACAGCAAUGUCCAAUCACGCCGACAACUUCGUUUCCAUGAGAGUCAGAAGCCAAAGUCACGACAUAGAGGUGCCGGCCCAGACAAAAAACACAGGAUUCUGAAGAGUGGCGGAUUAGCUUCAUCUGGAUCAGAUACUGGUGACAAUAUUGAUGCUGAUACCUUGACACUUCAGCAAAUGGCAGGAACCUUCCUUGUGCAUUACGGAGCCAUGGCUGUUGCCGUGAUUGUGAGUUUCAUUACUGUGUAUGCAGAGAAGAAGAAUUGGUUUCACUGUGCAGAUCAGGUAAAGGUGAUGAAUAGGAUGCAUGGACCCAUCAUUGGAAUGCCACCACGGGCCAAUACUUUUGUGGUCCGCAACCGCAGGGACCGUAGGGAUAAUGAUUUGGAUAUCAGUCAUUUCAGUCACAACACAGGGAAUGGAACAAGGGUGGUCCGCAACCGCAGGGAUGAUGCGUUGGAUAUCAGUUACAGCAGUCACUGCCAACAAGAGCGUGCACGUUUCAGCCCAGAAAACGAAUAUACAGAACUGGUUGCAAAGCAAACAGCUCUCGAGACCAAAAUUGACGAAAUGAAUGAGGUGAACCGCAAAAGGUUAGCAGAAAUGGAUAGGAAGUUCACCGAGAUGGGAAGGCACCAAAUUGUCCUGGGUGCAAAAAUGGACAGGCUCCUAGAGCUGCUGCACUAUCCCGGUGUACAAGAUACAUAUGCAUUGUGAGUUUAUGUAUUAGAGGGGAAGAAGUGGGUCAGAUGGAUUGGACUUCAGGACAGAACAGAAUGAAAAGACAACUUUUGUUUUCUAAAUUUUAUUUAGUUUACUUUUGUUGCCCCGGCGCUA